AUGGCAGAUGGCGCUGGGAAGCCACAUGUUCCAGGAACUGACAGGACGACAGGCUGCAACAUCUCAAGCAGCAGUCCCAGUCGGUUAAAUAAUGAAGAUGCGUCUGUUGAACUAAGCAAUGUUUUAAACAUCCUGGGGUAUGGAUCGGAGCUCAGACAGAAACGCCGGGAAUAUUUUAAGCAGUUGGGUGAUGCUGUUAAAGUGAUCAUAGUCGGAAGUAAGGCAGAGGGGAUUUUACGUGUGUUUGAAAGUGAUAUUGAUAGCUUAUAUGUGAACGAGCGUGUCGCAUGUUUAGAAGUCGGAUACGACGUAAACCUGAUUCCAGAGAAUAAACUCGUGUUCAGAAUGGAUACAUCGAUAUGUUACCCUGGGCAUUGCAUACUGCUGCUGGAAAGAGGUUUCCCGUCAUUGUUUGUUUCAGCACUGUGCUAUAAUGGACAUGGAAGAUUUCUUCUAAGCAGUGACGCCUUUAUCAAUUUGCGUAGAAAAUAUUUACCACCACUCAUGCGCGAUGAACGUGCGGGGCCGUCACUACCGAUCAGUUUUGGACCUAUUUCUUGCGACUGUGUAGUUUCCCUACGCUGUCAUUGCCCUAGCAUACUUCAGAAAUGGGCAGCCAGAUCUCGGCAUUGGCCGCCACCAAAUAUUGUAGGAAAGGUCGUAUCGAUGGGGGCAGUGCUUACUCCUGUUGGAUUUAAAGAAAGCGAAAAUAUGCCCAAUGAAUGGAGGGUUUGCUUUAACACAGGUGAGACAGAAUUGGUGAUUAAUCUUAACGACACACAAAUUAAAGUAUACGUCUUGUUAAAAAUGAUUGCAAAAGAUGUACUCAAACCACGACAGAAAGGGAUAACAUCGUUUAUGGUGAAAAAUAUAAUUUUAUGGCUCGCAGAAAACAACCCACAAUCCACGUUUCAUGACAGGAGAUUGAUUUUCUGGCUACUUGAAUCACUAAAGGAGCUAAGAACUGCACUGUCCACAAAAUAUCUACCAUACUAUAUGAUCCCAGAAAGGAACUUGAUGACUGCAUGUAGGUUGACGGUUACUCUGCAGCGAAAAUGGAUGGCUACUCUCACAGACAUGAUUGUCGAAGGGCCAGAGAUGCUGCGGAGGCUUCCGAAAAUACGACAGGCAAUUAUCGCUCACCCGGAGCCUCUAUUAUGGUACACCAGGAGAAGAAUUGAAAUGGAGAUUAUUUUCUUAGAAAUGUUGACACAUUGUGACCCCGUCAAUAAUAACAACUUUUUUAAUAUGUUUGAUUUUAUGGAUAGACAUGGACUUACGUUGCGUUUAAUGGAGAUUUGCGGGGACUUCAUUGCCAACAUGUGCUCGGAAGAAAAUAUUGACAUACUUAAUAUUGUUCAGCUUUUCAAUUUCUUUUACAGAGUGUUAGCCUAAGAACUGGUUAUGUUAUAUGAACAUAUAAGUAACAUAUAAUUGUUAUUGAAACUUUGAUCAAAUAUUGCGUUUUACGUU